CCUGACCACUCAGCCUAUAGGCGACGUUCGAACCUCCAACUCAAACUGAGGCCAGUAUGAAGGCAACGACUCUCCUGCUGUUGAUGGUAGCUCUCGUCGUAUCGUCCGUCAACGCGGGCUACCACUACGGAGGCUACGGCGGCGGAGGAGGCUAUGGGGGCGGAGGCUAUGGCGGUGGAGGUUACGGCGGUGGCGGCGGUUACGGCCGCGGUCAUGGCGGAUAUGGCAAGGUCAUCGUCAUUCACGGUCAUGGUGGAUAUGGUGGCGGUGGUUACGGUGGCGGAUACGGAGGCGGAUAUGGCGGUGGUUACGGUGGGCACGGGUGGUGGUAGGCGAGCCACGCCCAGCUGAGUGCUCUAUGAUCCGUGCAAGGCUGCAGUUCCAAGGUUCUGGAACACAGCUGUGGUGUGUACAAAUGACUUCGGGUGAAUACAGCAGUUCAAGUGGCACCAUAUAUUUUAAAUAAAGUACU